AUGCCACUACCUCCGUCAACACUAAACCAAAAGUCAAACAGAGUCUACUCCGUAGCUAGAGUAUACAAGAAUGCCUGCGAAGAGAGACCACAAGAAUAUUGGGAUUAUGAACAAGGGGUGACCAUCGAUUGGGGGAAGAUUUCCAAUUACGAGAUUAUCAACAAGAUUGGAAGAGGGAAAUAUUCGGAAGUGUUUAGCGGUAGAUGUAUUGUAAACAACCAAAAAUGUGUCAUUAAGGUCCUGAAACCAGUCAAGAUGAAGAAAAUUUAUAGAGAAUUAAAAAUCCUAACUAAUUUGACAGGUGGCCCCAACGUUGUCGGCCUUUACGAUAUAGUACAAGACGCUGAUUCCAAAAUACCUGCUUUAAUCUUUGAGGAGAUUAAGAAUGUUGAUUUUAGGACUCUAUAUCCAACUUUCAAACUUCCUGACAUCCAAUUUUACUUCACCCAAUUAUUGAUUGCGUUAGAUUACUGCCAUUCGAUGGGGAUAAUGCAUAGAGAUGUAAAGCCACAGAACGUGAUGAUUGAUCCUACGGAACGGAAGCUAAGACUGAUUGAUUGGGGGCUAGCGGAGUUUUACCACCCAGGUGUAGACUACAAUGUUCGUGUCGCUUCACGUUAUCACAAGGGACCAGAACUACUAGUAAACUUGAACCAGUACGACUACUCCUUGGACUUGUGGUCAGUAGGCUGUAUGUUGGCUGCGAUUGUUUUCAAGAAGGAGCCAUUUUUCAAAGGGUCUUCCAAUCCCGACCAACUGGUAAAGAUUGCCGCAGUACUGGGAACCAAGGAAUUAUUAGGAUACUUGGGCAAGUACGGCUUACAUCUACCAUCUGAAUAUGACAACAUAAUGAGAGACUUCACCAAAAAAGCAUGGACUCAUUUCAUCACUCCUGAAACCAAACUAGCAGUUCCUGAAGUGGUCGAUUUGAUUGACAACUUAUUAAGAUAUGAUCACCAAGAAAGACUAACGGCAAAGGAAGCCAUGGACCAUAAGUUUUUCAAAGCCAAGUUUGAGUAG